AAAUCAAGAGAGAGAGAGAGAGAGAGAAGUGGAUUACGCACGCACACACGCACGCAGACACUUCUCCCAUUCUCUUCCGGAAAUCUCGUUUUUCGGGUUAUACUUCCUCCUCCAUUUGAGCAAAUUCAUUAAAAAAAAAAUAAAAAAUUAGGGGAAUUUUGAUUUUAUUUGUUUAUUUAUUUAUUUUUGGCUCUUCUCCAUUUUGUUCUUUGGAGAGGGCACGCAGACGAGAAAGGGAGGGAUGGGUGAAUGGAUUGUUCGGCUUUGAAUAUUUCAUGGAAACCAGGUUUUUAUGGGUUGAACUUGAAGAAUCAUGGGGAGUUGCAGCGAAGAUGAAGAGGAUCGAUUCUUUGAAUCCCGGGAGGAGCUCGCAUCCUUGUCCGAGUCGGGGUCGGAUCGCCGUCAUAGUUUUGAGUCCAGUUCCGGGCCUGUGAAUUGGGUCUCGGGUAGUUUCCAAUAUGAGGUCUGGGUGAAGAUCCCAGAAAGCAUUCGCGAGCGCAGAAAUAAGUUCAUGAAAUGGAUGGGUUUAAAUUUAGAUGGCACCACAGUGGAUGAUUCCCGAGUUGGUUCCCUUGUCCACGAAGUGGAAAUCGAGAGAAUCACAGAGAACAGUGGGGCUGUGCUCAGAAGUUCUGACUUUGAAGAUGGGUUUUCAUCGAGUCGAUCUUCCCUGUCUUGCUGGUCCAAUGACGCUCCAGAUUUUUCAGAAGAUGGGGUCUUGGCUGAGAAUUUGGUUUGUAGAAUAAAAAACUUAGACGAUGGGACAGAGUUUGUCGUGGAUGAAUUAGGACAGGAUGGAAUGCUCAGCCGACUUCGUCAAGUCGGUUCGGAUCGUCUGGUUACAGUGGAAGAGUUUGAGAAAACUCUCUGGGUAUCUCCUCUGGUGCAGCAAUUUAUGCGGAGAGAAGUUGCAGAGGCAAGCAAUUCAGUGGAUAAGGAAAAAAGAGUAAAGAGGGGAUGGUUAAGUAAGGCUUUUUCUUGCAUUGUGAGAGGACAAGCGGAUGGUAGCGAUUCCCUGCCCGACUAUUCUAACCCUGAUUUGUUGCGUAGGGUUCAGAAGGUCAGGGUUCGCCCUUGUAGGAAGCGGUCUAAGGAGCUCUCUGCCCUCUAUAGGGGACAAGAGAUAUCUGCUCACAAGGGUUCAAUAUUGACAAUGAAAUUCAGUCUUGAUGGGCAGUGUCUGGCAAGUGCUGGUGAGGAUGGGAUUGUGCGUGUUUGGCAGGUAGUAGAGGCUGAGAGAUCAAGUGAAGAUGGUAUUCUGGAUAUUGAUCCCUCGUUUAUAUACUUUACUAUUAAUCAUUCUUCUGAGCUGGUUCCCCAUUUUGCGGAUAAAGAGAAACUGUGUAAAUUCAAGACUCUGAGAAAAACUUCAGACUCAGUUUGUGUCAUCUUACCACCAAAGGUCUUCCGGCUAUCUGAAAAACCACUCCAUGAGUAUCAUGGGCACAGCGGUGAGGUCUUGGAUCUAUCAUGGUCAAAGGACAAGCAUCUCCUGUCAUCAUCUGUGGAUAAAACUGUCCGGUUGUGGCGAGUGGGAUUUGAUGGAUGCCUCAGGGUCUUCUGCCAUAAUAAUUAUGUGACAUGCGUUCAGUUCAACCCCGUGAAUGAUAAUUACUUCAUCAGUGGCUCUAUAGAUGGAAAAGUCCGAAUCUGGGAAAUUCCUGGUUCUCAAGUUGUUGAUUGGACUGAUAUAAGAGAAAUAGUCACUGCUGUGUGUUACCGCCCGGAUGGACAGGGAGGGAUUGUUGGAUCCCUGACCGGCAAUUGUCGCUUUUAUGAUGCAUCAGAUAAUUUUCUGCAACUGGAUGAUCAAAUUUGUUUACAAGGUAAAAAGAAGUCGCCUUGGAAGAGGAUCACUGGAUUUCAGUUCUCCCCAACCGAUCCUAGCAAAGUAAUGGUCACCUCUGCCGAUGCCCAAAUCCGAAUUCUGGAUGGGGUUGAUGUGGUCUGCAAAUUCAAGGGUGUUCGGAAUGCAGGGAAUCAGAUAUCUGCAUCUUUUACUGCAGAUGGGAAGCAUAUUAUCUCUUUAAGUGAGGAUUCUAAUGUGUAUAUCUGGAACUACAAUAACCAGGAUGGACCUGUGCCCUCCCAGUCAAAAAGCAUUGGGUCUUGCGAGCGUUUCUUCUCUGACAAUGCAUCAAUUGCUAUACCUUGGUGUGGCUUGAGAUGUGGGUUUGCCGUUAGCUCCACUGUUUUUGACACUGCUCCUCCAGCCCCUAAAAAAAUUGUGGAUCCACCAGCUAGUGAGACAGCAAAUGGGUGUUUGCAGUGCCAGUUGGACAAGAAAUUUCAAAACGUCUUGCCAACGCAUUCACCUGAUCAUUUCUCUAUGGGAAAUGGAUUCUUCUUGGAGGCUUUGCCAAAGGGCUCUGCCACGUGGCCUGAGGAGAAGCUUCCUGCAUCAGGCUUACUGUCUGUGUCAUCGAUAGUCCGUAAAUCCCAGUACAAGUUUCUAAAGACCUCCUGCCAGAGCAUGCUCAGUUCUCAUGCAUGGAGUUUGGUGAUUGUAAGUGCAGGUUGGGAUGGACGUAUCCGAUCAUUCCUCAAUUAUGGAUUGCCGGUUCGUAUUUGAAACAGUACAGGCUCCUUGGAGACACACUGGGGGCAUUUCAACAUAUGUUGCUGUCCCUUUCCUGAUAUUGGAUCCUGUAGAUAAUUCAAUUGCCCAGCCCAAACAUGUGAAAGAAGUGCUACAUUUAUGCUGCCUUGUUGAGUUUGUGAUAUAGUGUUUGUUGAGUGGGCUGAGUCCAAAUUAUAUGGCACCCUCGGCCUCAGCCGGUUCAGGUUUGGUUCUAUAUAGGCUUGUGCAGCAUAAAGGAGUUUUGAGAAGCUAGGGUUCUUUGUUUGGGCCCUUGCAUAUAUGUUAUACCAUACUAUUAUUAAGUGUCCGUGGUUGUGUUGUAAUCAGGGCCUGGUGACAAGAAGAGGCCAGGUUUUGUUCUUCUGGGUUUGGAAAUCCAGCUUGUUAUAUGAUUCUUUAAUUUGUUUGUUAAGAGGACGUGGUGGCUGCCUGAAGGAAAGGAGGGAAGUGCAGUGGAGAUAAUGUCUUUAUAAUUAGGUACGUUAGGGGCCUGUGAAGCAUUUGUUUAUUAAGUGGAGCAGUGAAGAGCGCAGAUCUGGUGGAUUGGAUUCAUUGAUUCGACUUACAGCCCGAGGACAUGCACCUUUCAUGAUAAUGUUCUCUGAUCUGAGUGGUUUUCCAAAAUCCUGUUGGAUCAAUCAUGGACUCAAGGUGGUAGCAGUAGCACCCAAGUGGCCUAGUGGGGUCUCCUUAGAGAAAGUGAGUGGAGUUCUGGUGGCUAAUGUAGUCGCCUUGUCUGGAUUACAUUGAUAUUCAAACUCUGGGAAACCCAUUCCAAACUAAAUCUCUGGUAAAGUGUUGCCUGUUGCUCGUAGUCCAAGUGGCCCAGCAGAACCACCAUUGGCUUAACGCGAAAGGUUGCCCUGCACUGCACUGGUAGUACCCAUUUUUUGUCUCUCUCUAAACGAGUUCUCAUGUAGUUUAUUUUGUUUUCUUUUUUUCUUCUCUUCUAUUCCCAUUUAUUAGAUGGUAUUUCAAUACAAAUGUCAAUUGCUUGAUGUCAUGAUUUAGUAACAUAUAUAUACUUCACUGUAAUUUACCUUUUGACAGAAAAUUGUUCAAAAACUCUGGAAAAGAUGUUUGAAUGAUCCUCCAUGAUUUGCAGUCUUCUAAUAAUAUACAUGUUCGCAACUUCACAUUCA